GUGUCCGGUACAAGUGGGCUGGGUUUGGAGUUAGUGUUGAGGAACGGAGAGGGAGAGACCGCACUAGUUCGCUGCGCAAUUCCGUUGGAGUUUCAGUAGCACCAGCGCGGCAGGGGUGGAAGCCUCUUGACAAAUUCGGGAUACUCGACCGACUCGGGACAAACUAAAUUCGCCUGAUCAGCGACCAGCAUCUCAUCCAUGAUCCGACUGCUCGUAAACUCCUGGAAUCUACCGGCCCCUGAAAAGGACAACUUUGUUUAGUUUGAAUCCAGCCUCGGUGUUUUGUAACUUACGAUUUAAUUUAGUGUGCACUUGAUUUCCCCGUUUUUUUUCUGCUUCGCUUUUUUUUUGCACCAUUGUCUGCGGAAGCAAGGACAGGAACAUUUCAAGUGUUUUCGUUUUUUUUGCUCAGUGUGAUAUUUCUGCAAGGAUGAGGCUGCUCCUGGUUCUGGUUCCGGUCGUGUUUCUGGUGGGCGGUGUCAGGGCCCAGAAGCUCCCGACGCGAGACGAGGAGCUGUUCCAGAUGCAGGUUCGGGACAAGGCCCUGUUCCACGACUCCUCAGUGGUCCCAGACGGGGCGGAGAUCAGUGGCUACCUCUUCAGGGACACGCCAAAAAGGUACUACUUUGUGGUGGAAGAAGAUAACACGCCCCUGUCCGUUACCGUGACGCCGUGCGAUGCCCCCCUGGAGUGGAAGCUGACUCUGCAGGAGCUUCCGGAAGAGUCCAGCGGAGAGGGCUCAGGUCAGGCCGAGCCGCUGGAUCAGCAGAAGCUGCAGGUGACGGCGGACGAGGGCACGGAGCUCUUCUCCUACAAGGGGAACGACGUGGAGUCCUACGUCUCGUCCAGCUCCCCGUCCGGCCUGUACCAGCUGGAGCUGCUGUCCACCGAGAAGGACAGCCACUUCCAGGCGUACGCCAGCACCACGCCGGAGUCGGACCAGCCGUACCCAGAGCUGCCGUACGACCCGCGCGUGGACGUCACCUCGCUGGGCCGCACCACGCUCACGCUGGCCUGGAAGCCCACGCCCACGGCUGCGCAGCUGGGGCAGCCGGUGCAGUACUGCGUGGUCGUCAGCCAGGAGCACAACUUCAAGAGCCUGUGCGCGGUGGAGGCCAAGCUGGGCGCGGACGAAGCCUUCAUGAGCGUCCCCAAACCGGGCCGCGACUUCAGCCCCUUCGACUUCGCCCACUUCGGCUUCGCGCCCGAGCGCAACGACCUGGGCAGGGACCGCCCGGCGCCGGCGCCCCGCGCCCCCGCCUACUCCCCCCGGGCGGCGCGGCCCGACAUCCGCAAGGUCUGCAUCGGCAACAAGAACAUCUUCACCGUGUCGGAGCUGAAGCCGGACACGCAGUACUACUUCGACGUGUUCGCCGUCAACGGCGCCACCAACAUGAGCACCGCCUACGUGGGCACCUUCGCCCGCACCAAGGAGGAGGCCAAGCAGAAGACCCUGGAGCUGAAGGACGGCAAGGUCACCGACGUCUUCAUCAAGAGGAAGGGCAGCAAGUUCCUCCGCUUCGCCCCCGUCUCGUCCCACCAGAAGGUGACCUUCUACCUGCACUCCUGCCUGGACUCCGUGCAGGUGCAGGUGCGGCGCGACGGGAAGCUGGUCCUGUCCCAGAAUGCCGAGGGGGUGCGGCAGUUCCAGCUGAGGGGCAAGCCCAAGGCCAAGUACCUGAUCCGGCUGCGGGGGAGCCGGAAGGGGGCCUCCAUGCUGAAGGUCCUGGCCAGCACCCGGCCCAACAAGCAGCCGUUCCCCUCCCUGCCCGAGGACACCCGCAUCAAAGCCUUCGACAAGCUGCGCACCUGCAGCUCGGUGACCGUGGCCUGGCUCGGCACGCAGGACCGCCACAAGUUCUGCGUGUACCGGCGCGAGGUGGACCCGGGCCAGGGCGAGGACCAGCGCCGGCGCGAGCAGAACCAGUGCGCCGGGCCCCAGGCCCGCAAGAAGUCCGACAAGGUCCUGUGCAAGUACUUCCACAGCCCCAACCUGCAGAAGGCCGUCACCACGGAAACGAUAAGGGGCCUGCAGCCGGGGAAGGCCUACCUGCUGGACGUGUACGCCGUGGGUCACGGGGGACACUCCGUCAAGUACCAGAGCAAGGUCGUCAAGACCAGGAAGUUCUGUUAAUGACUCCUGUACAUAAUAAAUAUAUUAUAAAUAUAUAUAUAUAUAUAUAAA